AUGGCCCCCGUCAAGUUCACUCGGCCCCCAGACCUCUCUGGCCGCACCCCCAUCUAUCGCCUCAGCAAGACCGCCCCUCCUCCUGCUCCCACGCCCACGCCCACUCCCCCCCAGCCGAGUCCAUCGUCCCAGACUGCGACAUGGCAGCCGCCGUACACCUCCCCCUAUACCGCCGGCCCCCAGCCGCAGUCACAGUCACAGUCACAGACCACGCCCCACGAUGAUAAGGAGAACCAGGUCGCCCAGUCGCCGCACCAAACCCAGAGCUCACCCUUGACCAAGCGUCGAGGUCGCAAGCUGCAGGAGAACGAGACCCUCAUCCUGAUCAACUGCUGUCUGGAGUUCCAGAGCUUGUACCACGGCAACCCGUCGCGGUUCUGGUACAGCGUCGCGACGAGCCUGAAACGCCAGAUCAAGCGCAAUUUCUCAUGGCAGUCCUGUCGCCAGAUAAUCGAGGAGCUGGUGUCGGAGCGGCGGGAGCGUCGUCGUGAUGUCGCGGAGGGAAAAGUCAAGGAACAACCGCUGACUGAGCUGGUGCUGACGACGGACAAGUGGAUUUCGUUUAGUGAUUCUGUGACUGGGUCUCCCAGUAUCGCUUCGCCGGUGCAGUCUUUGAAACGGCCGGGGGAGGACGACUCUCCUGCGAUUGAUCCCGGCGCUGCGAAGCGACCCAAACAACACGGGCAACCAUCUCCUUCUAUGCCACCUCCGGGGUCCCAACCACUGCCGCAACCGCCUCACACCGUACUAACACAUCCCAUAUCGACCAACGCUGUUCCAUCGAUUCCGACCGGGCCGACGCGAUCGGAGUUCCAAACUUUAAAGGUGGAUAUUCAGAGUCUACGGAUGGACGUGCAGAGCAUGCGGCGGGAGAUGGUGGAGGCUAGGCAGGAGGUGAAUACCCGGCUAGACACGAUCCUGCAGACUAUACAGCAAGUGAAGGUGCAAUCCGUGCCCAAGGAGGAAUGA